UAUAUAAAAUCGCCAUGAAUUUUAAAGAAAAGCAUGGCAGAACAGUUCAGGGAAUCCUUGUCCGGCGACUAAUAUAUCAGAAGCAAGAUGAGGUCCUUCGGCUUCAGAGCGUUGUUCUGCAUUAUAUGCACAGUUUUCUCUUGGAAAGAAACAACAUCGAUAAACACAAGUCAGAACAUUGGGAAGAACUAUUCUCAAUACUCCAAUAGGAAUUCGGCCAUCUAUCAAUAUGAUAGAAGAUCAGUAGACGAUACUUCACGCUUCUCAGACAUUGGAGCACCAAGGAGUAAGCGUAAAAUUCGACUAACCGGAAAAGGAAAAAUCCGCGAACAGAAAUGGAAAAAUCUACAAAUCAAUCCAAAACAAAAUGAAAUCCGGAACGUACAUCGCUCUCUCAAAAAUAGGGUAACUAGGGAAACCUUGGCAGGAGAAGAAAUCUUGUAUAAAUGCUGUCCUAUCAACACAAUAUUGGAUAACUUCUACGAGUGCCAAGAGGAGGAAAUAGCAGAGAGUAUAUUCUGGAAUACUCUAGAAGAAGAUGGAAUCUCUGACUUUAAGGAAGUAAAGAUAG